AUGCCGGUCAAGAGCGUGGCCGUGAUCGGUGCCGGCCCAUCGGGUGCCAUUGCCGUUGAUGCACUGGUUCAGGAGAAGACUUUUGAUGUCAUCCGCGUGUUUGAGAGGCAAGAGAAAGCCGGGGGUGUUGCCAUCAAAUCUAACUGCCACAGGGUCUCGAGAGAGAAUGAGCCUCCACAGAAGCUCGAUCUGGGCCAGCUAUAUGCGCGCACAGCAGAUGCACCUCUAAAGGUCCCAGAGCAUCUUCCAUGCCGAACAUCGGCUGUUGCUCAAAACCGCUUUAUGGAUUCGCCCGUCUACCCGGCGCUGGAGACCAACGUCGAUGCGGGUGUGAUGUCCUUUUCCCAGGAGCCGAUCCCUGCGAUCCGGUCGCAGUGGUCGAUAGACCGACAUGGCUCGGAUACGCCGUUCCGGCAUCACUCCGUCAUUCGAAAGUAUAUCGAGGAUCUGUUCACCCAGAAAGGGUAUCAGAACCUGGUGCAGUACCACACCACGGUCGAGCGCACAGUGAAAGAGCCCAGUAGCCACAAAUGGAUCCUGACUCUGCGACGAGCAGAGUUCUCUGAUCAGCAGACGCCAUCGGACUAUUGGUGGUCUGAAGAGUUCGACGCUGUUGUGGUGGCGUCGGGUCAUUAUGCAGUGCCGUUUAUCCCUGUUAUUCCGGGAUUGAAGGAGUUUGCAGCAAAGUAUCCCGGCAGCGUGGAACAUACAAAACACUACAGAGGCCCGGGUAAAUACCGAGGAAAGAAAGUCAUCACCGUCGGCGCCUCGGUCUCCGCCGCAGAUACCGCAGUGAGCCUGAUAGACAGUGCACAAGUACCCAUCCAUGCCGUGGUCCGGGGUCGCUACAACGUGUAUUUCGGCGAUGAAGCGUUCAAACACCCCAAGAUCCAGCGACGGGCGCCCAUUUCGCACAUCACCAGCAGCGACGGCGACCGCACGGUGCAUUUUGAGGAUGGCACCUCCGAGUUGGGAAUAGACCACGUCAUUUUUGGCACGGGCUUUACCUGGACUCUCCCUUUCUUGCCGCAGAUGCCGACACGCAAUAACCGCGUGCCAGAUCUGUACCAGCACGUCUUUUACCGACAUGACCCGACUUUGGUCUUUGUAGGAGCAGUCGGUGCUGGCUUGACAUUCAAAGUCUUCGAAUGGCAGGCCGUCGCUGCGGCGCGUGUCCUGGCCGGCCGGGCCACUCUGCCGUCUGGGACCGAACAGGCAAAAUGGGAGGUCGACCGGAUUGCACAAAAGGGCGACGGGCCGGCCUUCACGGUACUCAAUCCCGAGUUUGAGGCCUAUUUUGAAGACCUGCGGCUGCUCGCAGGAGAUCCGCCUGCAGACACGCCUGGACGACGACUACCACGAUUCGAUCGGAAGUGGGUGAACGAUUUCGAUGAAGGGCAUGAGAGGAGAAAAAGGAUGUGGAGGCGUGCUAAUGCGGCCGCACGCUUGUAG